UCCUUCCCAAACUUCUCUUGCAUUCAUAAUAUGAAGCAGUUCUCCACUUCUGGUAGGACGUUGUUCCACUGUUUUCUCACUCAGCCACACGGAUGGAUAUUGGGGGCUUUGAAGUUGUGUUCCGAAUAGAAGAAUCCACUUUGUGUCUUGUGACGUAUAUUAAUUCUGCUUCUUUUUUCCUUCCUCCUAUUUGAAGUGCUGCAGUGUGGAGAUCAGAGAUCCUGAGGGAAAGAAGAACCCAUCAAAUCCCCCUCGGGAGCUAUUUUUCAGGAAGAUCCCUUGGGAAGAUCCAAGACAGGACCCCUCAGGAGAGAAACAAAGAAUGAAGAUUUCUGGUUUUUAUGAGGGAUAUCAAACAGCUGUUGAACCUCCAAAUCAAGAGGGUCUUGUGUCCUUCGAGGAGGUGGCUGUGUAUUUCUCUGAGGAGGAAUGGUCUCAGCUGGAUCCUGACCAGAAAGCGCUGCAUUCGGAAGUCAUGCUUGAAAACCAUAGGAACGUGGUCUCUCUGGGUAAUAAUGGGCAAGAGAAUCAAGAUUCUUGUGAACUGUUCCAAGUGAUCAAUGCUAAGGAUGGAACGGAGAAGUUUGGAAUUCGAAUGGAAUUCGAAAACCAUGAUAGAAACCAGUCAAAGAAUUUCAACCAGGAAACCUCAUCUUCCACUGAUGCUCCGAUGCAAGACUUUCUUGCCCAAAAAGAGGAAAUAAGGAAAAAAUAUACUGGAAAAUGUGUGAAGCUAAUCAAAGCUAAAGUACAAGUAAAUGAACACUAUUUAACCCAAAACAAAGGAGAAGAUGCUAUAAGAAGACACAGUGGACAAAAUUACAAUGGGACAUUCAUUCUUUCUCUUGGGAAUAAGUUCCUUACAUCUCAAAAAGCGAUUGACACAGAAGAGAAGCCUUAUAAGUGUUUGGAAUGUGGAAAAUGUUUUAGAGCAGGCAACUUAUUUCCCAUGAAAGAAUCCACACGGGGGAGAAACCGUAUAAAUGCAUGGAGUGUGGAAAGACCUUUGCUGAAAGAAGUAAUCUUAUUUCCCAUGAAAGGAUCCACACAGGGGAGAAACCAUUUAAAUGCAUGGAAUGUGGAAAGACUUUUGCUUGGAGCA